AUGGCUUCACUCGAGGAAAAGUCGCCUCCUGCGGUGGCCACUGACACAGCCAACACUCACGAUGAAAGCCAGAAUACAUCCCGCGACGGCCCAUGGAUUCGUUUCAUGACGGCGAUCCGUUGGUACUCCAAAGACACGCCCAGCGAGGAGAAGAAACUUGUCCUCCGUCUGGACCUAUUGAUCCUCGUCUUUGGCUGUCUCUGCUUCUUCACAAAGUACCUCGACCAGUCCUCCCUGACCAAUGCCUACGUCAGCGGCAUGAAGGAGGACCUCAACCUCCAAGGAAACGAGCUCAACUACAUGACCAUCGUCUUCUGGUCCUCGUACUGCACCUCCAUGAUCCCCGCCUGCUACUACCUAACCCGCUACCCCAUCAACAUCGUCCUCCCCAUCCUCGAGAUCGGCUGGGGUCUCUCCACCCUCGGCCUCGCCUGGGCGCGCAACGUGCAGACAGUCUACGCCAUGCGCUUCUUCACCGGCCUCUUCGAGUCCUCCUCCUUCACCGGCAUCAUCUACGUCAUCGGGUCCUGGUACAAGCCCGCCGAGGUUGGCCGCCGCGUCGCCCUCUUCUACGUCGCCGCGCCACUCGGCACAAUGUUCGCCGGCUACCUCCAGGCCGCCGCCUACACCAACCUCCACCGCGCCCACGGCCUCGCCGGCUGGCGCUGGCUCUUCAUCGUCGACGCCGUCAUCACCAUCCCCAUCGCCCUCGUCGGCUUCUUCGUCUUCCCGGACGUCCCCGCACGGUCGAGGCCGAGACUGCUCCCGCCACGCCUCUACGCCAUCGCGCGCGACCGCCUCCGGGGCCUGACGGCGCCGCCGCGGCUCAAGGUCUCGCGGGACAUUUUCGGGCGCGUGUUCCGUCGCUGGCACUGGUACCUCUUCGUCGCGCAGUGGACCAUCAUGAACGAGAACCUGCAGCCCAGCGGAUCUCCCUUCUCCCUCUACCUCAAGGCCUUUCCCGGAACCUACUCCGUGACGCGGAUCAACACCCUGCCCACCGUCGCGACGGCCAUCUCCGUCGUCUCGGCCUUUGCCGCGGGCGCCGUGGCCGAUCGCACGGGCUGGUUCGCGGGGUUAUCCAUCGCCGCCACGGUGCCGUCACUAGUUGGCGUGAUCCUACUUGUGGCGUGGGAUGUCGGCGAGAGCGGUCGUCUGGCGGCGUUUAUGCUCAACGGGUUCGAGGGCGCGAUCCCCUCGCUGACGAUGGCGUGGGCUACGAUCACCAUGGCCGGGGAUGCCGAAGAGCGCGCUAUUGUGACGGCGUCGAUGAAUGCCAUUGGGCAGGCCAUUGUUGCCUGGGCGCAGCUGCUGCAGUUCCCUGCUGUUGAGGCGCCGUACUUUCGGCGCGGGUUGAGGAGUGUUGUGGCGACGAUGGUGGUGCAGUUCUUCAUUACUGGUGCGAUUUGGUUCUUGGUUAGGAGGGAUCGAAGGAAGCAGAGGGAUGCGGUGGAAGACACCGGGGAGCCGAUCCAGGAGGCAAAGCAAGGGGUCUAG